GAGAGUUAGAUAUAUAUAAUUGUACAUAUAGUAUAUAAAUGCAAAUAAUGAAAAUAUUCGUACUUUCGAAAAUAUGUAAAAAAAAAAAAAAGGAAAAAAAAAAAAGGGAAAAGAAGAAAAAAAAUCGUUUCUCUAUCUCCCGCGAUCAUCACUCUCUGUUUCAUCGAACUGUUUUUAAUACAUUGUUUUAACAAUGACAAAAAACGGAGAAAAAUUGUUUUGCUUUUUCAAAUGUUUAAUAUUUUUCUUUCCACCUCGAUCCCUCCCCCGAGCCUUUGUUUUUUAUAAUCCGAUUUCUUUUUUCUUUUUUUUUUCCUUUUUUAUUAGUUUUCUUUUCUUUUCUUUCUCCUUCUUUUUUUUUUUUUUUUUUUUUCUUUUUUAGCGUGAUUCGAUAUCUCGUAUUUGCGUAUACUGAAAAUAAAAACCUAUAUUCUCGUGAAGAUAUUGAUAGUUUCGUAUCCCAUAACGCCCAGCCAAACGACUCUGUAGAAAGCCAAUACAUAUACAUACAUAUAUACAUACAUAUAUACAUACAUACAUAAGUAAAUACAUAGAUCGUGUAACGUAAAUAUCGCAAAUAUAUUUUCAAUAUAUUUGCGAUAUAUAUAUAUAUAUAUACAUAUAUACAUAUAAUAGAGAGAAAGGGAGAGAUCGAUUUGAUUUGAUUUCACACAUCAGUGUAAUUAUCUAAAUGGAACUUUUAAAUUUACGAUGCGUUUUACAAUUUUAACUACUUCUUUGAAUAUAUGCCAAAAGUGCGCGCUAUGUUAACGUUUUAAAGAAAGUAUCCCUCACGAUAUUUUCGAGCGAUAUAAAUAAUAUAUAUAUAUAUAUAUAUAUAUAUAUAUAUAUAUGUAUAUGUGUGUGUGUAUGCGUGCGUAUGUGCGUGUGUGCGUGCAUGUGUAUAUAUAUAUAUAUAUAUAUAUAUAUAUAUAUAUAUAUAUAUACAUAUAUAUAUAUAUCUUUCUCUCUCUCUCUUUCUCCGGUAAGUCUAAGCGAGCCGCGCGCGCGUCGCGGUGCCAUUUUGGCAAAAUGAAAAUAAUAACGGUGAGGAGGCAGGACGUAGGGCGUGCAUCAUCACCGGCAUCGCUUAUUCUCUUCCUCCUCUUUGGGAUUCUAUUUGGCGGUUGCGUCGACGCCGUUCUAUCGCGUUUACCGCGUUCCCUCGACCAUUCGAAAAAUGAAACCGAUUGCAAACAAGUCGCAGCCUUCUUCGAGAACGAGAACAAUGUCGUAGCGAGGUUGAUAACUACGAAACAGGAAUCUGGGACCACGUCUCCUAUAUCUAAGACGAUAUGUGACGCCCCAUGCUGUGGACACGAAGUCGAGGAUCAUUUGAGACACAAAGCCGGAAGGGAUUUUCACAAUUUGAUUCAUCAUCACAGCAGGAGUCUUCAGGGACUUCUUGCGACGACUGCUGAUGCAUUGAGAGAAACCGUAACGACAUUGGCGAAGCAAUCGGAGAACAAGACCCUGACCCUCUUCGAUCAAGUAUACCGAUCUAUGGCAGCUCAGAGUAAACCAUCGAUCAGAGCACUGUACCAAGCUAUGAUUGACUAUGUGUCACCUAGUAAUACGCCAGACAGUUUGCAACAGCCAUUGACGCGUGAACUUCUUCAGGAACGAUUUCUCGAAUUUUUCUCACGAUUAUUCCCUGUAGCUUAUCAUCAUGCCGUUAAUCCAGGAAAGGACGAUUUCACGGAUAAAUUUAAAUCUUGCCUUUAUGAGACAAUCGACGAGGUACAACCGUUCGGUGAUGUACCAAAACAAAUUUCAAAGGUCGUCGGGAAAAGUCUCGAGGCAACCAGAGUUCUUAUCCAGGCAUUAACACUCGGCAAAACAGUCUUGGAUAGAACCGACAGCGCAUUAUUUUCUGGCACCAGUCCACAACAAGAAUCAUGCUACAACGCCCUACUUAGGAUGACCUAUUGUCCACGUUGCAACGGAAUCGGUGCUACUAUAAGACCUUGCAGCGGAUUUUGUACGAACGUUAUGAGAGGAUGCCUGACGGAGUCGGCGUCGGAGUUGGAUCUCGCGUGGUCUGGUUACGUGGAAACGGUCGAGAGGCUCGUCGUAGCGGUCGACGGUCGUAACGAUCCUUUGGGUCUGAAUGCCGAGAGGGCCGUCAGACAAUUGGACACCCGCAUUUCGGACGCCAUUAUGCACGCGAUGGGGAACAGCCGGGCUCUCGAGGAGAAGGUACGAAAACUAUGCGGUCGUUCGGACGUCGAAUCACCAUCGUCCGAAAUCAGUGGAAUAACCGAAGAUACGAUUGAGAGAUCAUCGGAGGCAAGUCUCGAGAUGCACGCAGCUGCACUGCCACCGUCAUCGUCAUCUACAACGCACAGAACACUACCCACCAAAUUGCAUACCCAAUUGGGAAAUUUCUUGGCCAGCGUGGCCAGGUCUCGCACCUUCUAUGGCACCCUCGCCGAUACUAUCUGCGAGGAACAUCCCGAUAAACAUUGCUGGAACGGUGAACGAGUUGGAGAAUACUCGAAGACCGUGGUCGAUUCCAGUCUAAGUGCACAGAGGUACAAUCCAGAAUUCACGGUGACAACGGCUUCGUCAACUGCUUCCUACGGCAAUACGAACACCAGCGUACUCAUUGACCAAUUGAGGCACAUUAAUCAGAUAGUGCAAUCGCAAUUGGCAUUGGCACCAGAUGGAGGAACUCCGCUUGCUGAAGAAGCACACGAUGGUUCCGGAAGCGGAGACAGACCUGGUUGGAGAAACAAGGAUGAUAUAAUGGACACCGAUGACGAGGAUUCAACGGAUGACGACCGAGAGGACGAAGAGAUCUCUGGAUCGGGAAUGGGACCCAGCACGCCAGAUCCAUCGGUGAAGACCAAUCGAGAAUUCCGCCCAACAUUAGCCUCAUCGAACAUGCUGAUGCCAUCGUUGUCGUUGAUCCUCGUGUUCGGCACGUUAGUCGCCUAAAAAGAAAGAAAGAAAGAAAGAAAAAAAAAUGAAAAGGAAAGAAAAAGCCAGAAAAAAAAAAUUCACAAAAAAAUGAAAAUGAAAAAAGUUGAUUUUCUGUUUCUGAAGGAAGAAAGACGAAGGCCCCCCAUAUUAUUAUUAUUAUUAUUAGUCCGUCGGCGAAAUGAUUUUCUCUUAUCCAUCCUCGAGACAGUGAAAUUGGUUGAGGGUAGAACGCAAAAGAGAUGCCAUGUUGUGUAACACGAUUCUUUCUUUCUUUCUUUCUCUCUUUAUCUCUCUAUCUCUCUCUUUCUCUCUCUCUCUCUCUUUAUAUAUAUAUAUAUAUAUAUAUAUAUAUAUAUAUAUAUGUAUAGAAAGAGAGAGAGAGAGAGAGAGAGAGAGAGGGUGAAGAGAGAGAAAAAUAUAUAUAUUUUUUUUUUCGUCCUGGCCAAGAAAAUAGAAUGGCCGAGAGAGAUUAGUGACUAAUAGAUCUUUUGAAAGACGAGAUCUUCAAUAAAAAGGGUGUCGACGAACGAACGAACGAACGAACGAACGGAAAAAAAAAAAAAUAAAAAAAAGAAAGAAAGAAAGGAAAAAAGUGUCAUCGGGGUCGGUGUCGAAAGUCGGGUCUCGAGGGGGUAAAUGAGGGAAAAAUGAGAAAAUAAAAAAAUAAAAAAUUUGAGGAAAAUAAAUAAA